AUGUCUUUGUCAGCACUCGACGAAUCCGCUGAUUCGAAUACGCUGAUGGAACUAAGUUCCACAGCUCAACUUCUCAUAUUCAUACGAGGUGUUACUCAAGAUUUUUAA